UCCCAAGACCCCACACCACCAUGUGAGCACCCCACUCACUGCUUAGACAAACAAUACUGCUUCAGUUCGGAAGCGUCGAAAACAUAAUUGAAGUGGUGUCAAUAUGGACGAAGAUGCUCAACCAUUCGCAGCCGCAAUAUGCCGGUACAUGCCCAUCUUUGUGGGGACCGCAGCUCGUUCAUGAAUGGAAGUGAGAAGGCUCAUCCGGGUCCUCCAUCAUCAACCCGACGCAGCUGAGCGUCCAAGUAUCGGUGAGCUCCUGAUGGACGGGAGGCCCCUGCGGCCCGCCAACAACACAUGUUUACAGAACUUCCCCAAGUCACCUCUGUGGAUCAUAGAGUACGUCUGGGCUCACAAGAUGAUGGAAAUACAGGACGUUGUGGACCCGUCCAAUUGGCCGGAAGUGGACUCUCAGCCCCUCAGCCUGGAGGAUUCGUGGAGGCUUCGUGUCGCCUCCGCUCAGGUCUAUUCUAUCGUGAAGAACCGGGACAUGGAGCACUUUGACAAAGUGAUGGGCUUCCUGGAAGCCACUUACAGACUCCUGCCCGGCCUGGUGGCUUCCAUCAAACACAUGAAGAUCAUGUUUGGGCUUAAGACCCUGGUCAUCAUGAGGAUGCUCAGGGAGGGCAGAGGAAUGGUUGAAACGGUGUUAAAAACCACCCAGUUCUUCCCAAGUAAACUCCCUCAAUACCAAGGUCAAUGUAGCCAACCUGAAAUGUUCCUAAUGAGGAAGAACCAUCUGGACUUUAAGACUCUGGCACAAGCACUCGCAAUGAACAAGGACAAACUGGAAUAUUAUAUUAAGAACCAGAUGGAGGAGCAGUAUGGUGAACAUUACGCCCAGAAAGUAGAGGACAGACUGCUGCACUACCUGCAGGAGUUGGAGGCUGCGUUACCUGGAGAUACCUACAUUGACAAGAUACUGAAGAAGGAAAGCCCUGUGACUGAGGAGGAGAAGCUACUGAUGGAAGUAAUCACCUCUGACUCUUCCAACAUAGCGACCACUCUGAAGACUCUGCUGCACUGUGAUGUUGCUUCCUGUCGUCGGGGCACCACGUCUCAAUCAACCGCGCGCGGGACGGAAAGCUAUCAACCACCGUGCCGCCGUUCUCCAGAAGCUCGCCUCAAGUCCACGCAAGCCAACACUCUCCGGCGGUUCCAUCCGGAGGUUUUUCGGGGGGGACGGGAGGCUAACGGAGAGGAGGACGCUGAGGUAGUCAGGAGGUCUGAGGAGGAUGGCAGCCCUGGUCAGGAGCCCUCCGCCUCCCCUCAGUUCUGCUCCAAACACCAGCGAUGGGUGAGGAGCAUCCUGCAGGAGUGUCCCGACGAGUGCUCAGAGGAGCUGCUGCCGCAGGCCAACGUCUCUUCGUCCCCGCUGCUGUUCCUGUCGUCCUCACCCGACGCCCCUUCAUCGGAGGACCUCACGCCUUCUGACAUCGUCCCGUGCCCCCCUGACCAACAACGUCCACCUCCGCAGACCUCCACCCAUCUUCUGACCGCAGUCCAGGCAUCUGAAGGUGACCGGAUGUCCGGGUCUGCUGGAUCAGGAAUUGAUGUGUCUCAUACAGAACUUCUGCUCUCAUCCAGAGACACUGACGUGUCCACCCGGUUGUCCCCGGUGGUCCGACUGAAGGACCUUGCCUCCGUCAUCUUUAAACCGUGUCAAGUGCUUCUGAAACGUCUCCCCGUGUCCGGUAACCCACACGCAGCUCCCGAGGGGCCAACCUCUCCCCCCCGCCACAACACCACACCUCUGGGAAGCAGGAGGGACACUGGCGUCCACCCAGCGGACGCUGUGGCAGCAACAACUGCCCCGAGCGGCACGCUCAAAGUGCAAACGGCUCUUUUGUCCCCAGCUGUGAGAGACGGACGAGUCCACCUGAAGUCGUCGUCGAUGCCGAGCCCGGCUUUGCUUCUGCAGCCCUACGUGAAGGUUCACAGAUUGAGUGCUCGGGAGUGCUGUCGAGUCCCAGGGCUCAGAGCCCCCCCCAGUCGUGCAGUGGCUGCGCUGCAAGCCAGCAAGGACGACGUGGAACAGGACCGGAGGGAGCAGGAGGACAAAGAUGCCGAUUGUUCUUUUGACGUGAACACUCUUUACUCCGGUGGUUCAAGCAGUGACAGCGAGGACUCGUUUCAUGGAGAUCCGGAGUUUAAACCUCGCUUUAAAAAGAAAAGACUUCUCUCAGAGUAGCACAGCAUGUGGGAGCCCACUUUGCUGAUUACUCAACUAAAUAUUUUGACAUGAAUAAUGGGUAUAUGAAGAAUGAAUAAAUACUUUAUUAAUCCCUAAUGGGGAAAAUAAAAUUGAUCUGUUGCAUAACUUAAAAUUGUACUUUGUGGUGCUUCUAGAAAGCAAACAUUUAGAUUUUAGCAGCUAGAAAUCCACCAUGCGGCUGAAGAAUCCAAAUAAAUAACCUGAAGGGGUCCACAACAAACACUUCUGCCAGUUAAUAAUUCCCGCUGUCUUUAGUCACUAAAAUGAGAACAAGUAGUCCACCAUGUGAGCUUUGUCGGGUUAAGGCAGUGGACGUCGUAAGAACCCCACUGACCCCCCUGAGCAAAAAGAAAACCGUCUUCUCUCUUUAUCUCUCCCUCCCUCUCUGCCUCUUUGCUGCUUUGUUCAAAAAUGAAACACCAGACGGACGGAAGACAUCUUGGAAUGAACAGCUAUUUAAUAAAGAAUAAGAUGUUGUGCUAAAACGAACAUCUCAGCUGAGGAGUCCUUUGACCAUCUACCACUGUGGUCUCCACCAGCGAACUCUAGAACAACGGCUGCCUACAGGUGUUCAUACAGAUCAGUAAAGG